UCCCCCCCGGUGCUGCCCCCGCCCGCCCAGCGCGGAGCGCGGCCCCGGCGGAGCAUGGCGGGCGCGGGGGGCGCGGGGGGGCCGGUGCCGGUACCGGUACCGGUACCGGUACCUCCGUCGGUACCUCCGUGGUACCACCGGGACCUGAGCCGAGCCGCCGCCGAGGAGCAGCUCGCCCGGGCCGGGCGGGACGGCAGCUUCCUGGUGCGGGACAGCGAGAGCGUGGCGGGGGCCUACGCGCUGUGUUUGCUGUACCAGAAGCACGUUCACACCUACCGCAUCCUGCCUGAUGAGGAGGACUUCCUGGCCGUGCAGACGUCGCAGGGGGUGCAGGUGCGACGCUUCAAGACGCUGAGCGAGCUGAUCGCCCUGUACCUGCAGCCCAACCAGGGGCUGGUCUGCACCCUCCUCUUCCCCGUCGAGCGGGAGAAGGAGAACGUGGAGGACAGGGACUAUUCGGAUGGAGAGGAUGAAAAGCCGCCGUUGCCGCCGCGCUCCGGCUCCACCAGUUUCUCCAGUAGCCCCGCAGGGCUCAGCCCCACCGCCCUGGGGCCAACCCUGCCGGAGGGGUCGGCGGAGAGCACCAACGGGCUGAGCAGCAUCUCCCACGAGUACCUGAAGGGCAGCUACUCGCUGGACCUGGAGGCGGUGAAAGGGGGGGCCAGCAGCCUCCCCCACCUCAACAAGACCCUCGUCGCCUCCUGCAAACGGUUGCACAGCGAGGUGGACAAGGUGCUGGCGGGGCUGGAGAUCCUCUCCAAGGUUUUUGACCAGCAGAGCUCCCCCAUGGUCAGCAAGAUCCUGCAGCAGGCGGCGGGGCAGAGCGGGGAGCAGGAGCUGGAGAGCCUGGUGCUGAAGCUCUCGGUGCUGAAGGAUUUCCUCUCCAGCAUUGAGAAGAAGGCACUGCGGGCUCUGCAGGAGAUGAGCUCGGCCGCCCCCCCCGCGCCCCCCCAGCCCCUCGCCCGCAAGGCCAAGAGCAUCCCUGUGCAAACCUUCGAGGUGAAGCUGGACGUCACCCUGGGGGACCUGACCAAAAUCGGCAAGUCACAGAAGUACACGCUGAGCGUGGACGUGGAGGGGGGGCGGCUGGUGGUGCUGAAGAAGCAGAAGGACUCCCAGGAGGACUGGAACACCUUCACCCACGAGAAAAUCCGGCAGCUGAUCAAGUCGCAGCGGGUGCAGAACAAACUGGGCAUCGUUUUUGAGAAGGAAAAGGAUAAAACACAACGGAAGGAUUUUGUGUUCGUCAGCGCCCGGAAGCGGGAGGCUUUCUGCCAGCUCCUGCAGCUGAUGAAGAACAAACAUUCCCACCAGGAUGAGCCCGACAUGAUCUCCAUCUUCAUUGGCACCUGGAACAUGGGCAGCGUGCCCCCCCCCAAGAGCAUCACGUCGUGGUUCACCUCCAAGGGGCUGGGGAAGACGCUGGACGAGGUGACGGUCGCCAUCCCCCACGACAUCUACGUCUUCGGCACCCAGGAGAAUUCCCUGGGUGACAGGGAGUGGGUGGAUUUCCUGCGCGGAGCCCUGAAGGACGUCACCGAGGGGGAGUACCGCCCGGUGGCCAUGCAGUCCCUGUGGAACAUCAAGGUGGUGGUGCUGGUGAAACCGGAGCACGAGAACCGCAUCAGCCACGUCGGCACCUCCAGCGUCAAAACCGGCAUCGCCAACACCCUGGGGAACAAGGGAGCCGUCGGCGUUUCCUUCAUGUUCAACGGCACCUCCUUCGGCUUCGUCAACUGCCACCUCACCUCUGGCAACGAGAAGACGGCACGGAGGAACCAGAACUACCUGGACAUCCUGCGCCUGCUCUCGCUGGGGGACAAGCAGCUCAGCUCCUUCGACAUCUCCCUCCGCUUCACCCACCUCUUCUGGUUCGGGGACCUCAAUUACCGCCUGGACAUGGACAUCCAGGAGAUCCUCAACUACAUCAGCCGCAAGGAGCUGGAGCCGCUGCUCAAGGUGGAUCAGCUCAACCUGGAGAAGGAGAAGCACAAGAUCUUCCUGCGCUUCGGCGAGGAGGAGAUCACCUUCCCCCCCACCUACCGCUACGAGCGGGGCUCGCGGGACACCUACGUCUGGCACAAGCAGAAGCCCACGGGGGUCCGCACCAACGUGCCGUCCUGGUGCGACCGCAUCCUCUGGAAGUCCUACCCCGAGACUCACGUCAACUGCAACGCCUACGGGUGCACAGACGACAUCGUCACCAGUGACCACUCGCCCGUCUUCGCCUCCUUCGAGGUGGGGGUGACGUCCCAGUUCGUCUCCAAAAAAGGGCUCUCCAAGUCCUCCGAGCAGGCAUACAUCGAGUUCGAGAGCAUCGAGGCCAUCGUGAAGACGGCCAGCCGCACCAAGUUCUUCAUCGAGUUUUAUUCCACCUGCCUGGAAGAGUUCAAGAAGAGCUUUGAGAACGACAGCCAGAGCAGCGACAACAUCAAUUUCCUCAAGGUGCAGUGGUCGUCCCGGCAGCUUCCCACGCUGAAGCCCAUCCUCUCCGAGAUCGAGUACCUGCAGGACCAGCACCUCCUGCUCACCGUCAAAUCCCUCGACGGCUACGAGUCCUACGGAGAGUGCGUCAUCGCCCUGAAGUCGAUGAUCGGCAGCACGGCGCAGCAGUUCCUCACCUACCUGUCGCACCGUGGCGAGGAGACCGGCAACAUCCGCGGCUCUAUGAAAGUCCGCGUGCCCGCCGAGCGCUUGGGCACCCGCGAGAGGCUCUAUGAGUGGAUCAGCGUUGAUAAGGAUGAGACGGCGGCCGGCAAAGGGAAGGUGCCGCUGGGUGCCAGAGCCAACCAGGAUUACGCCAAGUCGGUGGGGCGGAAGCCCACCAGUGCCGAACCACCCCCCACCACCCCGGCAAAGCCCCCAGAGGAGCCUGAGAAGGGCAGCGCCGCGCCGGCCCCCCGCCCCCCCGCCCCUCACCGCGGCACCCCCAGGGAGGAGGCUGCCCCAAGCCGGUCCAAGGUGGAAGCAAUGCCAGAGCCGGUGGCGGGGGGGCCGCUGAAGAACAGCUUCAACAACCCGGCGUACUACGUGCUGGAGGGGGUCCCGCACCAGCUGCUGGCGCCGGGGGACCCCGGCAAACCCCCCGCCCCCAAAGCCAAGGGGCAGCUGGGGGUGCCCGAGCGACGCCGACACCCCUCGGCCGGGCAGCCGCCGGCGUGCCGCGGCGAGGAGAGCUCCUCGGAUGAGGACACCGGCACCCUCAACCUGCCGCCGCCGGAUUUCCCGCCGCCGCCCCUGCCGCGGGAGCUGGAGCUGCCCCCCAACCCUUUUUUUGGCAGCGCCAAAGAGGGGCCGGGACCCCCCGGGCGUGAAGAGCCCAAACAGCGGGUGGGGGGUGCCGGCGGUGCUGCCGCUUUUGGGGAGUCCCCCCCGCCCAAGCUGCACCCCCGGACCCCACCGGUGGCCGGGGCUGGAUUUGGGCUGGAGGGGGGGCCCAGCGGGAUCCCUGGUACGGGGGGGCUGCCCACAGCCGGUGCCGGGGGGCUGCCUGCGGCGGGGGGGCUACUGGACGACCGCUCCUGCUCGGUGCUGCAGAUGGCCAAGACGCUGAGCGAGGUGGACUACGGCGGCGGGAAGGGGAGGGCGGCCCCCCCGCCACCGCUGCUGGCCAAGGGGGGGCGGCUGGAGCUGCCCCCCCGCUGCCUGCACCCCGACUAUGGCCGUCCCCUCGCCUUCCCCCCCCACUCCAUCCGGGAGAGCAUCCAGGAGGACCUGGCUGAGGAGGUGCUGUGCCAGGGGGGCCGUGGCGUGGGGGCCGGGCCCGGCGUGGGCGAGUGGCUGCGGGUGCUGGGGCUGGAGCGGUACGAGGAGGGGCUGGUGCGCAAUGGCUGGGACGACCUGGAGUUCCUCAGUGACAUCACAGAGGAGGACCUGGAGGAGGCCGGCGUGCUGGACCCCGGCCACAAGCGCGUCCUCCUGGAGAGCCUCCAGCUCCGCAAAUAGCUGGGGCUGAGCAUCCCGGACCCCAGGGCUGAGCAUCCCACAUCCUGGGGCUGAGCAUCCUGGAUCCCAUGGCCAAGCAUCCUGGAUUCCAUGGCUGAGCAUCCUGCAUCCUGGUGCGGAGCAUCCCACAUCCUGGAUCCCACGGUUGAGCACCCCGGUGCCGAGCAUCCUUGAUCCCACGGUUGAGCAUCCCGCAUCUCGGUGCUGAGCAUCCCAGAUCCCAGUGCCGAGCAUCCCACAUCCCGUAUCCCAUGGCUUGAGCAUCCUGGUGCCAAGCAUUCCGGAUCCCAUGGCCAAGCAUCCUGCAUCCCGGUGCUGAGCAUCCCAGUGCCGAGCAGCCCACAUCCUGGAUCUGGUGGCCGAGCAUCCCGGUGCUGAGCAUCUCAGAUCCCGGUGCCAAGCAUCCUGGAUCCCAGUGCUGAGCAUCCCAGUGCUGAGCAUCCCACAUCCUGGAUCCCGGUGCCGAGCAUCCCACAUCCUGGAUCCCAGUGCUGAGCAUCCCAGUGCCGAGCAUCCCACAUCCUGGAUCCCAGUGCUGAGCAUCCCGGUGCCGAGCAUCCCACAUCCUGGAUCCCAGUGCUGAGCAUCCCACAUCCUGGAUCCCAGUGCUGAGCAUCCCGGUGCCGAGCAUCCCACAUCCUGGAUCCCGGUGCUGAGCAUCCCACAUCCUGGAUCUCAGUGCUGAGCAUCCCAGUGCUGAGCAUCCCACAUCCUGGAUCCCGGUGCCGAGCGUCCCACAUCCUGGAUCCCAGUGCUGAGCAUCCCACAUCCUGGAUCCCGGUGCCGAGCAUCCCACAUCCUGGAUCCCAGUGCUGAGCAUCCCGGUGCUGAGCAUCCCACAUCCUGGAUCCCAGUGCUGAGCAUCCCGGUGCUGAGCAUCCCACAUCCUGGAUCCCGGUGCUGAGCAUCCCGGUGCUGAGCAUCCCACAUCCUGGAUCCCGGUGCUGAGCAUCCCAGUGCUGAGCAUCCCACAUCCUGGAUCCCGGUGCCGAGCAUCCCACAUCCUGGAUCCCAGUGCUGAGCAUCCCGGUGCUGAGCAUCCCACAUCCUGGAUCCCGGUGCUGAGCAUCCCAGUGCUGAGCAUCCCACAUCCUGGAUCCCGGUGCUGAGCAUCCCACAUCCUGGAUCCCAGUGCUGAGCAUCCCGGUGCCGAGCAUCCCACAUCCCGCCCCUGUGCAUCCCACCAUCACCAGCAGCAGCCAUCAUCUGCAGCCGGUGGGAGUACUGGGACCACCCCCCCCCCAGGUGCUGGGUAAUGGGGGGGGAGGGUUUGGGGGGGGGGUGGGGGGCAGGGGGUCCUGGUCAGACAAUUUCAGUGGAGGGGGUUCCUGCUGAUGGGGCCUCCCCUCGUUUAAGUUAUUUCUUAUUUAUUGAGAGAAGGGACGAGCGUUCGUCUUGGGGGGGGGGCGGGGAUUUGGGGGGGGGGGGAUAUCCCCGGGGACCUCUGGCUCCCACCGCAGCCCCUCACAGCCGGGGACGAGGAGGAGGAGGAGGAAGAGGCUUGGAGCAAAGUCGUGUCGCAACCCAAGUGCCUUCGUGAUACCCGGCCAGUGCCGAGCUGGGAUCGGGGAAGGGGGGGGGGGGGGUGUUUGUGGGGUUGGGGGAGGCUCUGCCAGCCCCUGGAUGACACCAGGCAGAGCUGGGGGGGGCCCAUCCCCACGCCGGGGGGGCCCCACUGCAGCAAAGCUGGAUCAGUGCCUUCACCCAAACCUCCACCCCCCCCCCCCCCGCCCCAGUGCCUCCCGCAUGGGUCGUGUGUUCCCCUGUUCCGCGCCCCCCCCCCCCCCCCCCAAACUCCCUAUUUGCCCAUUAGGUACUUGCUGGAUCUGUGUGUUGUCCGUGUCCCCCCCCUCACCUCCGGGGUCUGCUUCACCCUUGGUCCCCCAUGGGUGCCCCCCCCGGGGGUGCUCAGCCCCCCAACCUCACCCAAGUGCCCUUCCCGGGGGCGGUCCUCAGGGUGGGGGUCCCCCAGCCGUGCCUUCUCCCCCCCUCCCCCUUCCCUGCAGGGUUGACCCCCCCAGGCUCUGGGCUGCACCCCAGGGGUGAUGGGGGGGUGAUACCCACCCCCAGACAGGUUCCUCAGACCCCCGUGCCCCCCCCGCCGCUGCUCCGGCUGAGAUGAAGGAUGGGCCUCGCCCCCCACCGUGCCCCCCCCCCCUCCCUGUGCCCCCCCCCCCUCGUUCGCUAUCGGGGCCUUUGCUGUGAAUUUGAUCCAACUAAAAGCGGCGGCUGUGGGGCCCCGUCUCGGGGGGGUCUGAAUUCA